GACCUAGGAAUGUCAGAGUUGGCCGAGAUGUAUGAUCUCACUACCUUUGGAUCCCACCGAUACUUGUUUAAACGUAAACCUGGUGAAGAACACCCCAUUUUCAAAGCUACCAAAAACGAUACCAAUUGGAAGCGACGCUUCUUCUUCGUCAGAAGAGACUCUAUUCCAAACGGAAAGGAUCUACCCAAGGAGUGGUCCACCCAUGGUAGGAUAGAGGAUCCUGAGAAGGAUCACCAGAUAAUCUUGCUGUUGUUAUAGGAUCACUAACUCCCUUCUGUUUUAUGUUAUGCAGCUGUUACUGUUUCACACCUCAUACCGUCUCCUGCUACCAAAGAAAGGCUUGCUGCCUUUAGAAGACUCAGUCCUGAAACAAGAUCAUUCAAGACAAUCACCCAGGAUUCACAAGAGGUAUCCUCAGGCUCAGUCACCAUGUCAAGUGCUGGAAAAGCUUCAAAAUCUGCCUCCAAGUUCAGCGUGACCGAUCUGGAUAACGUGCGAUCCACCAAGAAAAAGCUUCCUGCUAGCCCAACUGCUUCGAUCCCCAAGGCACCCUCCAAAGGAAGGGGAGGCAAGAAAAGAAAAGCCUCUGAAGCUGAGGAUCUGCAAGGUCUGCCUCUAUCCGCCACCAAUUCCUUGAGUACUUCAACGAUAAAUUUGCUGAGGUGGGGAAUGUUGAGGAGCAGGACAGGAAGAUUGCUGACCUCCAACAAGUUGCACUGCUCAAGGAUCUUAAGAUUGCUGACCUCCAAAAAGACCUCCAAAGUGCCAAAAAUGAGACGGCCAAGGUGCUAAUCAAUGCUGAUUACGAGAAGCAUGAGAUCACCCAGGAUGCUAAAGUCUCUGCUGCCAUAGCGAUGUAUAAGACCAAAUUGCAAAUGGCCUUGGAAGCUCAGGAUCCCGACUUU